AUGUCAAAUCCCACAGAAGCAGAUCGUGUUAAGGCACACGAAAGGAAGAAUGAAGGUAACGUUUUAGUAAAGGAAAAGCAUUUCUUGAAGGCUAUUGAAAAAUAUACCGAGGCAAUCGAUCUAGAUUCUACACAGACCAUUUAUUUUUCAAAUAGAGCACUUUCUCAUUUUAAAGUGGAUAAUUUUCAAAGUGCUUUGAAUGACUGUGAUGAAGCGAUUAAAUUGGAUCCGAAAAAUAUCAAAGCUUACCAUAGACGCGCCUUGUCUUGUAUGGCACUACUGGAGUUCAAGAAGGCCAAGAGAGAUUUGAAUGUUCUUUUAAAGGUGAAACCCAACGAUCCCGCUGCUACUAGAGCAUUAGCUACUUGUGAUAGAUUCAUCAGAGAGGAAAGAUUCAGGAAGGCUAUCGGAGGCGGGGAAAACGAGACUAAAAUUAGUCUCUGUCAGACUUUGAACUUGAGUUCAUUCGAUGCUAAUGCUGACUUAACCAAUUACGAUGGCCCCAAAUUGGAAUUCGAACAGUUGUAUGACGAGAAGAAUAACUUCAAAGGCGCGAAAAUCAAGAAUAUGUCUCAGGAGUUUAUUUCAGAAAUGGUGAACGACCUUUUUUUGAAGUCUAAAUUUCUCCCAAAAAAGUAUGUUGCAGCUAUUAUCUCUCAUGCUGACACUUUAUUUUCUCAAGAAUCUUCUAUGGUAGAAUUAGAAAACAAGUCGACCCCGGAUAUUAAGAUAUCAGUAUGUGGUGAUACGCAUGGCCAAUUCUACGACGUUUUGAAUCUAUUCCGUAAAUUUGGUAAAGUGGGUCCAAAGCACACGUAUCUUUUCAACGGUGAUUUUGUUGACCGUGGCUCUUGGUCGUGUGAAGUUGCAUUAUUAUUCUACUGCUUGAAAAUAUUAUAUCCAAAGAACUUCUUUCUGAACAGAGGUAAUCAUGAAAGUGAUAAUAUGAACAAGAUAUAUGGGUUCGAAGAUGAAUGUAAAUAUAAAUAUUCACAAAGAAUAUUCAACAUUUUCUCGCAAAGUUUUGAAAGCUUGCCAUUGGCCACGUUAAUCAAUGACGAUUACCUCGUAAUGCAUGGUGGUUUACCAAGUGAUGCCUCAGCAAGCUUGUCCGAGUUCAAGAGUAUUAAUAGAUUCGCACAACCACCAAGAGAUGGUGCAUUUAUGGAAUUAUUAUGGGCAGACCCGCAAGAAGCUAAUGGAAUGGGUCCUUCUCAACGUGGCCUGGGACAUGCUUUUGGGCCUGAUAUUACUGAGCAAUUUUUAAAAAACAACAACUUGCGUAAGAUUUUCAGAUCCCACGAAUUGAGAAUGGGUGGUGUGCAAUUUGAACAAAAGGGUAAGUUAAUGACGGUAUUCAGUGCUCCAAACUACUGUGAUAGCCAAGGUAAUCUUGGUGGUAUUAUUCAUAUUGUUCCAGGCCGCGGUGUUUUACAGGCUGGAAGGAAUGAUGAUGAAAACCUAAUAAUUGAAACGUUCGAAGCCGUUGAGCAUCCGAAUAUAAAACCUAUGGCCUAUUCUAAUGGCGGUUUUGGCCUAUAG